AUGGGGUUAUCACGAAGAGUGGAAUGCAAUUCCAAGCUAGUUGUUGCUCUUUCAGUCAAUGAUGAGUGCUUUGUUCCUGUUCUUGACAGGAGAAGUGGAAUCAACUUAGUUCAUAAUAUCAAACUUGAACAAGUUAAUAGUGGCUUCUUUACAUCUAUAUUGGAGAGGGGUGAUGAAAUGAUUUGUGUUGCAUCCAUCAGGAUCCAUGGGACCCAGCUACCAGAGAUGCCAUUUAUUGGGACCCGCCAUCUUUAUAGACGCCAAAGGAUGUGUCGUAGGUUGUUAACUGCUGUUGAAUCAGUACUCUCGUCCCUUCAUAUUGAGAAAUUGAUCAUUCAUGCUAUUGCUGAACACAUGCAUACAUGGAUAGAUGUUUUUAGUUUCAAACCUCUUGAGGAAACACACAGACAAGAAAUGAGGUCCAUCGACAUGUUGGUGUUUCCUAGAACAGAUAUGUUGUAG